CGCGACCCGUGCGUUAUAUACGACACGUAUUGUGGAAGCUGUAGUUUGUGGCAGCAGAAUUCUCAGUAUCACAGACUUACAUGUCUUCUACAGUCGAACUACAACCCCCAGAGUUCAGAGCGACGCAGAGCGUGAUCUACGUGUGUAGACCCCAUGGUGCAGACGGACCAUGGCGUUGUACAGCGCUGUAUGUGUGACAGGUUAGCAUCAGAAAAACACCUCCGGACAGACGCGUCUGCGCACUGUAAUCUGCUGUCAGCGACGGCGGGCUGAGAAAUAAGGAUGGGGUCCCGAAUCAAGGAGAGCCCUGAGUCCACUUUUGAGGUCUAUAUGGAGGUGGACCAUCCAGGCACACAAAGCUCUGGGCCGGAGGUGCGAAGGCAGUUCCCUGAAGACUACACAGAGCAGGAAACCCUUCUGACUGUGCCCAAGUUCUGCUUCCCCUUCAGCAUGGACAGCCUCACGGUCAACCAGGUCGGCCAGAACUUCACAUUCGUGUUGACUGACAUCGAGAGCAAACAGCGAUUUGGCUUCUGUCGCCUCUCCUCAGGUGCACACACCUGCUACUGCAUUCUCAGCUACUUGCCCUGGUUUGAAGUCUUCUACAAGCUGCUUAAUAUCCUCGCAGAUUACACUAUCAAAGGCCAGGAAAGCCAAUGGCAAGAGCUCCUGGUGUCACUACAUACGCUCCCUAUCCCCGAGCCUGGAGUUCCCGUUCAUCUGGGUGUGCAUUCCUUCUUCACUGUGCCUGACACAAGGGAACUCCCCAGUAUACCUGAGAACAGAAACCUAACAGAGUACUUUGUAGCAGUAGAUGUCAAUAACAUGCUUCAUCUGUACGCUAGUAUGCUUUAUGAACGCCGAAUCCUCAUCUGCUGUAGCAAACUAAGCACUUUAACAGCGUGUGUCCAUGGGUCUGCAGCCAUGUUAUAUCCAAUGCACUGGCAACAUGUUUACAUUCCUGUCUUGCCUCAACAUCUAUUAGACUACUGCUGUGCCCCAAUGCCCUACCUCAUUGGAGUACAUUCCAGCCUGAUGGAGAAGGUUCGAGGGAUGGCUCUUGAUGAUGUGGUGGUCCUGAAUGUGGACACAAACACCCUGGAAACCCCCUAUGAAGACCUCCAAAGCCUGCCCAACGAUGUGGUUUCAUCUUUAAAAAGUCGUUUGAAGAAGGUUUCAACAACGACUGGAGAUGGUGUGGCUCGAGCCUUCCUCAAGAGUCAGGCUGCUCUGUUUGGCAGCUACAGAAAUGCUCUGCAGAUCGAGUCGGGUGAGCCAAUAACAUUUAAUGAGGAGACUUUUGUGAACCAUCGAUCCAGUGCCAUGAGACAGUUCCUCCAGAAUGCUAUUCAGCUGCAGCUCUUCAAACAGUUUAUUGAUGGCCGUUUGGACCUGUUGAACUCAGGAGAAGGUUUCAGUGACAUCUUUGAGGAAGAGAUCAACAUGGGUGAAUAUGCAGGAAGUGACAAGACCUACCACCAGUGGCUGUUCACCGUGAAGAAAGGGGGCGGGGCUAUCUUCAACACAGUGAAGACCAAGGCAAACCCGGCCAUGAAGACCGUUUACAAGUUUGCUAAGGAUCAUGCAAAAAUGGGCAUCAAGGAAGUCAAGAGCCGGCUGAAGCAGAAGGAGCAGGCAGAGAAUGGCUUUUCCACAGCGGGGUCAGCAGUCAUCGGCGAGGAAAAUACAUCAGGGUUUACCUCCUCCACCAGUGCGGUCAGGAGGGAGGGGCCACUGCGAACCUGGGACGACCACAGGCCAAUCACUGUGCACUUUGGACAGGUGGGCAGAAAUGAGGCGAGCCGGGGACGUGGUGAGGAAGAAAAGGCUCGGCCACCAAUGCUGUUAAAGAGACCAAGCAGCAAUGUGAGUCUGGAAAGCAGCGUUGACCACUCUAUCCGUCCUACUCGUCACUACACAGUCUUUCUCUCUGAGGAUUCGUCCGGAGACGAGCUCCAGUAUGACGAUGACUCCAUCUCUGGGUUUCCUGACAGCUUUCUCUUCUCCGUCCCUUUUGAGUGGUCACCUCUGCCACAGCCAUACCGCUCCCUAAAGGAGGCUGAGCUGAUGGAAGGGGAUGAUCCUGGUUUUGGGGCAGAAAGUCACACUGCUCCUCCCAGCCCAGUUACUGAGAAGUUCUCCAAUGUCAACCUGCUGGGCGAUAUCUUCGGCUGCCAGGAUGAGCCUGACAGCCAACCAAUUACCUUGGCUAAAAGUCUUGAGGACCUGAGGACUCCUAAAGACUCCGAGGAGCUACAAGCCAAGUUCACCUACCAGCGGAUGGACCUGAGUGUCAGUGAACAUUCACGAACGCUUCCAGGCCUCAAGCUCUCCAACCCUUACAACAAGCUGUGGAGUGUAGGGCAGGAAGAACCAACCUUGCCUGUUUGUGUGCCUCCUACCUGUGAUAGACCUCCAUCUGUUCAACUUCCUGUGCUGACGGAAGCCCACUCCCCCAUCCGCGAGAGCUUCGGCCAAGGCCCUGACCCUCUGGACCCUUCUGCUCCUGGCAACAUCACCAUUCCACGUCCCCACGGAAGGAAGACACCUGAGCCUGGUACUGUCCUUGCACCCCCCCUGGCCCAGUCACGCCCUAAACCAGCAAGAGCUGGUGAAGGAAGGACUACAUCAGGGGGGCAAGAGUUUAGACAAGCCCUGAGCAUGACCACAGACGGAGACCUGUUGAAGCCCUCCAAGGUCACAGAGGACAGUAUAGAUCUGAUAAGCCUUCUAGACCCCCUUAACAGCUCAGCACAGACCAGUUCCACUUCAAUGAGUGAUGGGGGAGAUAUUGGUGUGUCGUCAUCCUCUUGCAAACCAACCCUUCCAACCAGGUCUUACCCACAGGGCUUGCCUCCUUUCCCCCUACAUCCUCACAUAUCACUCAACCCUUUUGCCCAGUCUCUCCAGCACACCUCCCCUCAAAUGCAUUACUCGCCGACUGUAAGUGGGAAUCCCUUCAGUGCAGUCUACGGGCCUCAACCAGGCUCUUACUUACACACUCCACCCCAGCCACAGUCUUUUCCCACACUACCGGGGCUCUACAGACAGCAUUCACCAGGCAGUUCAACUCUGCCACCCAACUAUGGACUGCUCCAGUCAGCCUUCCCCUCCUCUGUUACCUCCCUGCCUCAGUCCUCUGCCAGCAAUCACGCUCUUUCCAGCCUGGUGGACUCGACGUCUGUCCCCAGUACAGCCCCCAACAUAUUGGCAAAGCCACUUCGUGCUGAGGGAGACAGCCACAAGACUCAGGAUCCUUUUGGCGACCUGCUGACUAUGGCCAAGCCAGCUACGCCCCAAAAAAAGAAGGUGGAGGACCUUCGGAGGAGGUGGGAAACAUUUGACUAAAUCCUGUGAAUAUGCACUGAGUUGUCCCUCUCUGUACCUACUCAAUCUUUCCUCAUUACUGGAUCAGGACCUUCUAUUGAAGUUAAAUGUGCAUUAGUUCUAAUGAGCACUGGCUCAGUAGAAGAAUUAUAACCUAAACUGAGAUUAAAGAUGUUUGUUAUGCUACCUUCAAAUACGACUUGACAGUUCUGUAAGAUUCUUCCUAAUCCUCUAUCCAAAAUUUAUUUCAUGUUUCAAAACCAUGCUGAAGAAUGAAAAAAAAAGAGUAGUGGACAACAUCUGUGGGCUUUUCCAUUUUCUAGCCUUAAGUUAUGUCCCAACUUGAAUCAAUUGGAAAAGUACGAAUUAUGAAGUAGUGCAUAACACAGACUGUACAUACAACAUUUACAUUGUUAGGUAGCUAGUUAGCUAAAAUUUGUUAGGAAACAUUAGCUCAUUAGGCUUACAUUACUUCCCUUCAUAGCAAACUUCAGUUGCUGUCUUGUCACUGGAAACAAUGAAGUUGGCGACAGCAACUUGAAAAGCACCGAAUCUCUCAAGCUAACUCCCAAUAUUAACAUUAUAAACCAUAAGAUUUUCAUUAUAUCUUAACCCAUUUUUAUUCUAUGAUGUAUUUGGAUUCUGCAAUAACCUCUCUACAAAGUAGCUGUCAUUGUUAUUGCGGUUUACAUGCACGCAGGAUUCACAGGAAACUGUGCAUGCACAUAGUGGACUUGAUGCAGAAGGCAAUAUUAGACCAUGCGCUCAGUUUAACCGUGUCAGAUGACAUUGUUGAUUGUCUUCUUUAAUCUUCAUUAUUAAAAUGACGUGACAUAAAGAAUCCUCUCAGUCCACAAUGCGUUUGGCUGUGGUGUAAACAGAUACACCAGUUCUUCUUUUUGUGUUUGCUGCCCCUAAUGGUCAAUGCAACUUAUUUCCAAUGGAACUCUGGGACUGGUAUUAUUAAAACGCACUUGUCAUUACCACCAGUAACCACAGGUGUUACCAAUCAACCAGGACUGAAAUCUUAAGGAUCAUAACUUACUAUAAUACACUUUGUAAGUGAUACAUUAAUAUAUGAUGAAAACAUUUUUACUGUCAGUUUUACUGUGAUUUAUGACUGUUGUUACAGACUGUAAUCACAUGAUUUUGUGAUUAUGGAGAACAAUUGUGCGAAUGCAUUAGCAGUAAUGUAUUAUUAACUCCGACAGAAGGUACUGAUCCAGUAGGUGGGAGUGGUGGGAAAUAUGGUGACCCCCCCACAGACACACACACUCACCACCCCUCCCUAACUACCCUCAGCUCUGCUGCUGACCAAUGACAAACAGGAGUGUGGACUGCCUCAACAGCACACAACACUUGAACUCACCUGUACCUGUCUAAGGAUCGUCUUUGAUAUUUUGUGUUGUUUCAUUUUCCCACCAUCACACACAAAGCCAGCCUUGCUUCAAGAUGUUCAGAUGCCAACUGUUCUCAGCCCGCCGCCACUCACUAACUACUAAUACAAUUCUUUGCACAGCACCCUCUCAUGUCAUCUGCCUUUAAAGCCACCACAUUAGAGUAGUGCUCAGUAUAGAUCAGUAUAGAUUUGUGACUUUAAAAACAGCACGCAGUAUUUCCUGAAAGAGGAUAUAUGACACAUUCACAACAGCAUAUGUCUUAAUGAUGUCAACUUGUAUGAUUAGCUUGUAUUAUUACUAGUAGCUAGUCUGCUAUAGUUGAUUAACAUGCUAAUGGCAUUAUGGUACUGUAGCUACAAAGUGUGGUGCAUCUCAAUCAUGCAAUUAGUUCACCUGUUGAUGUUUUUAUAGUAGCUCCAUGCACAGUGCUGUUUUUUGUUUUGGGUUUUUGGGGUUUUUUGCCUUCAUGAUAAAUCCCAUCUUUGGCUCAUCUCACUGACCUGUGAAAAUGUGUUGCCUCCUACUGUUUUUUAAAACAUUUUAAGAAAACCUCCAAGCCUACAAUAGCCUGUAAUAUCCCUCAAAUGAUUUUAAGCAUUUCUGUCUAAUUAACUAUGUGGGGACUUUGAAACACUUUAUUGUAUAUUCUGUUGUUUUAAAGGGUCCUUUUGCCAAUUCUGCUGCUGAAACGUAUAUGCACUCUAAUUAUUUCCUUCUGUUUUCUUGCCUUUAGUGAAGUAUUUUGUGUUUGAUGACAUAUUGGCUAAUGAGUUUCAGGCUGCUUACACAUUGUGAUGUCAACUGUGCAUUGAGAGCAGAAAUAAUGGUUCUCACAAUUUUGCCACCAGCGUCUAUUUCAGCUGUUUUGACUUCAACAACAGAAUUUGUUGUGUGGGUGUAGCGCCUAGUGAGCCUUCACUGCUUUCCAGGUGAUCUUUGGGGGGCGUCCAUGUUGUGGUGAAUGCCAAAAAGUCCUAAUCAUUUCAAAGUGCUGUACAGGUCUGGUUGCUGCUGUGUGUGUACAGAUGACACUAUGUUUGUUGUAAGACUGAUUAAAGAGCGGUGACUAGUAUUCUACUGCACUGCAUUGUUUAAAAUACAUACCCUUCAUCCUAA